AUGAAAUAUUUCUAAAAUGGAUUGAAUCAAAUUUGUCAAUAAAUUAUUAGACCAGCAAGAGCAGAAUACACUAUAUAUGAUUUAUGUAAAUUUACUUAAGUUUAUGAACAGCUUCUUUUUAGAUUUAGGAAGAAACUCAAUAUAUAAGGGAAGAUUUUGAUAUCAUCAAUCCUAGAUAAGAAGUGAUCAAAGUUAGUUAAUAUGUAGGGUAAAUAAAAAGUGAUGUUUGCAUCAUAUAUUUACAUACAGCUAAUGGUUCUAGAAUGGAAGUUAGUAAAUAUGUUUCAAUGAUUAUUAAAAAUGGUUUUGGUUUAAUUUCAUUUGAUUUUACUGGAUCUGGAAUGUCUGAUGGAGAUAUUGUGACUUAUGGACAUAGAGAAGUAGGAGACUUGUAAACUGUUAUUACUCACUUCCAAUCAUCAUAUAAAUAAAUAAUUCUAUGGGGAAGAUCUAUGGGUUCUGCUAUUGCAAUCUAAUAUAUGCAAAGAUUCAAUAAUUUAAUUAUUAAAGGAAUGAUAUUGGACAGUCCUUUCGUUUGUUUAUUAGAUGUAAAUACAUACUAUAAUUUUAAUUAGGUUAUCUUAUAAAUGGCAUCAAGCAGAACUAAAAUUCCUAAUUUCAUUUUAAAGAGUUUAUCAACAUUUGUAUCAAAUGAACUCAAAAAGUAAGCUGGAUUUGAUUUAGAUGAUAUUAAUUGCUUAAAAAAGAUAUCUUAAAUUAAAUGUCCAGCUAUUUUUGUCACUUCCAAAUUAGAUAAUAUUGUACCACCAGAAUAAACUGAAAAACUUUUUAAAGCUUAUACAGGUAUCAAAAAAAUUUAAUACAUAAAUUAAUAACAUAAUGGUAUUAGAGAGCAUUCUUUUAUUGAAACUCUAAUCCAUUGGUUUAAAAAGAGAACACCCAUCUUUGAAAGAUUAGGAGUGGGCACUUAAAUUAAAUAAAGAAUAAUGCAUAAAUAAAAAAAUACGUUAGGAUCAAUCAAGUAGGUUUCUUUGGAUCUCUACAAAGAAAGAUCUUCAACACUAGAACGUUUUAAUUUAAUAUUUAUUUUAGAUCAAAGAGUUAUAAAUAUUUCUAUAUCUCCCAGAUAGAAGAUUAUGGAUUAAAAGAAAUUAACCGCAGAGGAGAAGUAUAACCAAUUAUUAGAAACACAAAGGUCUCUUUAUAUAGAUAGAUCUGCUUCUGCUUAAAGAAUUUAAAUUAGCAACUCUAUUGAUUAUUAAAUGUCUCCAAUUCCUCUAGCACCUUUGAGUAAUAAAAUUAUCACUUCCUCGUAACAUAAUUAUUUUUCUCAUUCAAAACCUAUCACUUUCACUAAGGUUCCUCAUAAGACAAAAGAUGGCACACAUUUUUGA